UUAAUUUGUUUGCCUUCAAAAAAAUUGGAUUUUAAAUCUAAAGUAGCUCAAAACUGGUGUGAAGGACUUAUUUGUAAAUGUUCUGCCUGCAAAGUGACCGAUCUUUUACCCAGAAUCUGUAUUUAAAUGUUAACUCUUUGGUUUUUUCUCAUAAUGAACGUCUAAGCAGCUCCUGCAGGAGUUCAGUCAACUUAUUACGUUUGUCUCGAACUUCUUGGAAAACUGGGAGCAAAUGAGUUUUUCUGCUCCGCUGCACAGCCUGUAAAGAAGCAUGGUGUCUCUGUGGACCUUUGCUCCGGUCUGUGUGGUUAAAAAGGCCCAGUGUGCUGCAGCCUCAGUGCUCAGUGCGCAGAGAGAGGCUCAGAAUACAGAUCAGCCGUUUGUCCAAACUCCUGCGCUGCCAUGGCUUCGUUUGAUGACAUCCUGGACGAAGCGGGGAAGUUCGGCCGCAGCCAGAAGCGGAUCUUCGGCCUGCUGUGUCUGGUGUCCAUGCCGUGGGCGGGCGUGUACGUGGGCAUCGUCUUCCAGGGCUUCACCCCGGAUCACUGGUGCCGGGACCCCGCGGCCCAGGAGAGGAGGCAGGCGUGCGGCUGGAGCCCGGCGGAGAGUCGCAGCCUGACGGCCCCUCUGGUCAACAGCUCCGGGGUCCUGAAGCACAGCAGCUGUGAGGGGUACCAGGUGGACUGGAACUCUACAGGACCCACCUGUGACCUGCAGGAACUGGACCUGAGGAGGACCCCCACAGCCGGCUGCACAGAGGGCUGGGAGUACGACUAUGAGGGAAGAAGGUCGUUUGUUACUGAGUUCGACCUGGUCUGUUCUGACGGYUGGUUGGUGGAUCUGUACCAGGCCACUCUGAACGUGGGCUUCCUGGUCGGCAGCAUCGCCAUCGGUUACCUGGCUGACAGGUUUGGUAGGAAGAUGAGCUUCCUCCUGUCCAACUUGCUGAACGGGAUCACAGGCAUCCUGGUUGCCGUGGCCCCGAACUACGUGUCUUUACUGGUUUUCAGAACUCUUUAUGGGUUCGGAGUGAAAGGAGGCUGGGUGGCCGGAUACGUGCUGAUCACAGAGAUCGUCGGGGUGGAGUUCAGGCGAACGGUCGGGGUUGUGUACCAGAUGUUCUUCAGCGUCGGCAUCCUCCUCCUKCCUCUGCUCGCCUACUUCAUCACCGACUGGCGCUGGCUGCAGGUCGCCAUCACCGCUCCCUACAUCCUCUUCCUCUCGUACUACUGGUUCAUCCCAGAGUCUCCACGAUGGCUUCUCUCUCAGAACCAAAAGUCCAAAGCUGUAAAAAUCACCAAAGACAUGGCAAAAGAAAACAAGAUGACUCUGUCCAAGAAGAUCGAGAGUUUGUCGGACGACAACGCCGAGUCCAGCACCGCCUCCUUCAUGGACCUGAUCAGAACUCCCAAAAUGAGAAAACACACGUUUAUUCUCAGCUACAACUGGUUCACCAGCGCCGUGGUCUACCAGGGUCUCAUCAUGCGGCUCGGGAUUCUGGGAGGAAACAUCUAUGUGGACUUCCUCAUCUCCGGUCUGGUGGAGUUUCCUGCUGCCUUCCUCAUCCUCUUCACCAUCGAGCGCGUAGGCCGACGCCUCCCGUUUGCCACUGCCAACGUCGUGGCUGGAGUCUCCUGCUUCGUCACCGCCUUCAUUCCUGAGACCAUGUUCUGGUGGAAGACGGUGGUGGCCUGCAUCGGCCGGCUCGGCAUCACCAUGACCUUUGAGAUGGUGGUGUUUGUAAACACGGAGCUCUACCCAACAUUUGUCAGUUCCUGCUCUACAGACU